AUGAGUCGCCCCAACGAGCGUCGCUCCUCCACAGCCUCAAACCGUGGCUCAAAACCCAAAGACCCGUACGCCCACGGAACCACACUCGCCAGAGAUGGCACAUACGGCACCAUAAACGUCACACGCACCGAGACCCGUGGAACCAGAGACACCCCGAGCUCCUCCCGCAGACCCAGUAGCCCCGUCGUGCAUGGAACGAAAUUGAACAGAGACAGCCGAAGCUCAAGCACUCAGCAAGGAUCAAAGAUAGCCAGCCCUCGCGCUGAGACGAUGUUGAAUAGAGAUCGCAGGGACUCGUCUUCCUCGGCGCGACCGUCGUCUUCGCGUCCGAUUCCGCCGGCGAGUACGGUACUUCAUCGUGAUCAGAGCAGCUCAAGUAGACAGCCGCCACAAAGCUCCGUUAUUCCACCAGCAAGGACGGUACUCCAUCGAGAUCAAAGUAGCUCAAGCAGACACCCGCCACAUACCCAAAUCAAUACUCCACCAGCGAGAACGGUACUUCACCGCGACCAGCAGUCUCAGGCACCUGCUCCAGUUCAGAGUAAUCGACAAAAGACAUUGCUGAGAACCGAGCGAGAUGUUGCGAUGGCAUCGCGUAUGAUGAAUAUUCAAAGUAUGAACCCGAAGGAACGCCAGGAACAGGAGAAGUGGUGCCAAGAACAAAUCAAGCUAAGCGGAUCCUGUCCUGCGAGAUUCGAUUGGGUACGCAAGAAGAACGGAUUCCACUGCAAAGGCGGAAAUCAUUUCAUCACCGACAAGCUGCUGGCGAUGGGGAACGGAUUCUGCUAUGUGACAAGCGAAUUUUCUUAUGAUUGGUUGCUCCUUGCUGGACAAUGCAAUGACCCACGCGCCAAUCAAUGGUCAGGGCCAUACAAACUCACUGGGGGCAAUUUUAGACCACACCAGAUGCAGGUACAGUACUGUGACGGUAUCCCAUGUGGUAAGCAAGUCCAAGGACAUGAGCUUGGUAUUGAGCCUAUAACUCCGGCGCAAUGGGCAGAAUUGGAAAGCCGUCAGCACGCUCUCAGGGUUCACCUGGCGAUGCACGGGAAUUUUGAGGAUAGAUUGCACGCUGAGGACUGGCUUGCUAUAUUCAACCAUGCCAGAAGUCCAAGCAGGAUGGAUAGGCUUGAGGCGGCCCAGGCAGUUGCUGAGAUGCAAGCCGCGAGGCAGAUGCAAGGAUUAAUCUGA